CUAGUGGUGACUGAUAGUCUUGGGUAAGGGCAUACCGUUAUGUAUGCUAUUUGCAGGCAAGAACGACGCGAAGAUGUAAAACUUUUGGAAUGCUUUAAUGACAUAAUGUGCGGUACUUAUGAUACACGAACUUUCGUUAUGGAUUCGGCAGCGACCGAAAUUACAGCAGUGCAGUCUACUCACAGUCAUUCUAACAUAGUACUUUGUUCAUUCCAUGUCCUAAAAGCAUUGUUCAGGAAGUUCCGAAAUCCUGAUGUACGCAAAUGCUUAUUUACCCAGAAGUACGAACAUCUAAGUACCCAUUUCUUCCGGGUGCAUGAUUAUAUAAAAGAUUACUGGGUUGCCCAGAAGUCAGUGUGGGCCCGCUGUUACCGGGGUCAUGUAUUAAGCCUGGGCAACCAUACAAACAACCGUGUCGAAAGUGCUCCCAAACACCUAAAAGAACGUCUCAGAAGAGUUGAUGCUCUGUUACUGACGUUCUGGAAAAUUUGGAGUAAAACAGACACUGACCUAAGUUUGAGUCCAUAUGACGCUGUAAAAGAUCUUCAACGUUUUCCAAUUCUCAGGUAUGAAAUACAGUUAAAUGUAUCAUUAAUUCCAGGUUCCAAUGUCAUUUUGAACUCUUUUAAAUGA